AUGUCUGAAAAUAACAACCACCAAGAAGAUGUUAGAAUUUUAGGUUAUGAUCCAUUAGUUUCUCCUGCUUUAUUACAAGUUCAAGUCCCAGCAACUGAAAAAUGUUUGGAAACUGCUAGAAAAGGUAGAGAAGAAUCUAUUGAAAUUAUUUCCGGUAGAGAUGACAGAGUGUUGGUCGUUGUUGGUCCAUGUUCUAUUCAUGACUUAGACGCUGCUCAAGAAUACGCUAUAAGAUUAAAGAAAUUAUCCGAAGAAUUACAACAAGAUCUAUUGAUUGUCAUGAGAGCUUAUCUAGAAAAACCAAGAACCACUGUUGGUUGGAAAGGUUUGAUUAAUGAUCCAGAUGUCAAUAACACUUUCAACAUCAAUAAAGGUAUACAAGCCGCUAGACAAUUAUUCGUUAACUUAACUGACCUUGGUUUACCAAUUGGUUCUGAAAUGUUAGAUACUAUUUCACCACAAUAUUUAGCUGAUUUACUAUCAUUCGGUGCCAUCGGUGCUAGAACUACUGAAUCUCAAUUGCACAGAGAAUUAGCUUCUGGUCUAUCUUUCCCAAUUGGUUUCAAAAACGGUACUGACGGUACCUUAGGUGUCGCUGUUGAUGCUUGUAAGGCUGCUUCUUUCUCCCAUCAUUUCAUGGGUGUUACCAAACAUGGUUUAGCUGCUAUUACCACCACCAAAGGUAAUGAACAUUGUUUCGUUAUUUUGAGAGGUGGUAAGAAAGGUACUAACUUUGACGCCAAAUCAGUCGCUGAAGCUAAAGCUCAAUUAGAUGAAGGAUCUAAUGGUUUAAUGAUUGAUUACUCUCACGGUAACUCAAACAAAGAUUUCAGAAACCAACCAAAGGUUAACGAUGUUGUAUGUGAACAAAUUGCCAAUGGUGAAAAGUCGAUUAUUGGUGUCAUGAUUGAAUCUAAUAUUAAAGAAGGUAAUCAAAAGAUUCCACCAGAAGGUAAAGCUGGAUUAGAAUAUGGCGUCUCUAUUACUGAUGCCUGUAUUAGUUGGGAAACUACAGUAGAUGUCUUAAGAAAAUUAGCUGGUGCCGUUAGACAAAGAAGGGAGAAGAAAUAA